AUGGGCGACGGCAAGUACAGGCUCGUGACGGACCCGUCCGAGGGUCCGAAGCUGUUCCAGAUCGACACCCGCGUCACCAGCCGCGGCGAGACCGCGGUGCUCCUCACCGGGAUCGACUGCGCCGAGCGCGUGGUGUGCCACGAGGCCGUCUCCUUCGAUCUGGCCGAGGGCGAGUUCGUCUUUAGGCUCGGCGCGGGCAACGCCGCCGCCGUCCUGGACCAGCUGCUCCAGCAGGGCGCGCUGAAGAUCAACCGCGUGUUCGACAUGGGCGGAGGGCGCCCCGGACCCGUGUGCGUGCUCACCCCGGGGGGAUCGCCGCAACCACCCUUCGGCGCGAAAUCGCCCUCUCCGAUUCCCGACGACGCCGGAGCCUCCGACGGGGGAUUCUUCGGGCUCCAGCGCGCCGCGCCGGGGGGCCAGGGACCGCCCACGCCCCAGGGCCCCGGCGGUGCCCCAAACGCGGGCGCCGGCCUCCUCGCCAUGCUCCAGGGCGGCGGCGGAGGCGCCGGAUCGCCGCUUCCCCUCGGCACCCCGAAUGGCGUGUCCCCGUCGCCGACCGCCCCGCCGCCCCACUCGACGACCCCGACCCCGCCGAGGCACAUGAUGCCCAGGACCACGCGCGGCAGCGCCGGCGGCGGGCCCCGAGGGCGGGGCGGCGUCGGCGAGGUCGGACCCGAGGACGCGCUCUUCGACGCGACCGGCGGUAGGUCAUCCUCAUCCGCGGCGCAAAACGAUCAUCAUCGAUCGACGGGGACGACGACGGGGAAGCCCCCGAGGUCCCCGCUCGUGGCCAACGGCCGUUCGUCCCCAUCCGCAGGGGCGGCCACCAGCGCGCUCGUCGGCGGCGGCGGCGGCGGCGCGGACCUCCUCGGCAUCCUCGACGGUGCGAGACGAUCGCCGGGGCCGACGUCGAGGCCCGGCCCGCCGGGGACUGACGCCGCGGGCGCGGGCGCCCCGACGAGCGAAGACCUCCUCGCGAUGCUCGGCGGCGGGGGGGCGAGGAGAGGCGCGGGUUCGGGAGGGGUCGGGUCGGGUGGUUCGGGUGCGGGGUCGUCCCCCGCGCCGGCUGGCGCGUUGAGCGCGGCGGAGCUGGAGGCGAGGAUGGCAGGAGCCGCAGGCGCCGCGACGCCGCCGGUCGGUUCGUCCCAAAGCGGCGGCGGCGGCGGCGGCGGGGGGGGGGGUUCGGUGGACCUGAUGAGCAUGCUGGGACGCGCAGCUUCCAGGGGUGCCGAAGGUGCCGAGGGUGCCGACUCCAACGGCGGCUUGAACGUCUCCGCGAUUGACCUGUCCGGUGCCGACGGCGGACUCGGCUUUGACGUCGACGACGACCUCGGCGAGCUCCUCGGCGGUGGCUCGUCCACCGCGGCCAAGAACAAGCCCCCACCCGAGAACGCCCCGGCCGGCGGCGGCGGCGACUGGCCCGUGAGCGACGGCCUGACCCACCGGGAGGAGGAGAGGAGGGCGCAGGCGGACGGGGAGGAGGCUGAGCUCGCGAGGCGAGUGGCAGACGCGGUGAAGAACGGAUCGGACCGGCUCUUCGAAAAGCCGAAUGGUAAGAAGAGCGCGUUCGAGCCGGGGGCCAUGGCGACGGAACCGCUCCCGGAGGAUAACGUCGGGCGGCAGCUGCUCAAGAAGCAGGGGUGGGAGCCCCUCGUGGAUCCCGUCACCGGCGCCGUCGUCGAGGAGGCUCCGGUGCCCAUUCCGGGCACCCUUCCGGGUCGCGCCGGUCUCGGCGCCUACGACAGGGAGACCGCCAGGCUCCAAGCUGCCGCGGCGGCCUCUUCGGCUGACGACGGCGUCGACGAGCUCGUCGAUCGCCAGUCCAAGCUGCUGGCCAUGAUGGGCAUCGGCGAACGGAAGGAUGGCGUCAAGUCGAGCAUCGGGAAGCGGCGCGAGGGGUCGUCGUCCACCAAGGCGUCGUCCGCGGCGGGCGAGGACUCGGGGGACGAGUCGUGGGCCGAGGACGAGAAGCCGAGGGAGCGAACGAAGGUGGAGCACUCCUACUCGCACGCGGAACUCAAGAAGCUCAACGUGAACUGCGACGCGGUGCCGGCCGGCGUGGACGUGAGCGUGUUCGAGGAGGCGGACAGGCGGAAGGUUGAAAAAGAAAAGGCGGAGGCGGCGGAGAAGAAGAAGCGCGAAAAGGCUGAGAAGGACGCGGCCGAGAAGGAGAGGAAGGAGAAGGCCAAGGCGGAGAGAGAGGAGCGGGAAAAGGCUGAGAAGGAGAGGAAGGAGUCGGCGCGGGAGAGGGUCGCCAGGUCAAAGUCCACGGACCAGCUCGACGACGCUCCCGCGCUCGGCGGCGCCCUCGGCCUCGGGUUCCUCGGCAUCAACAGCAGCUCCAACUCCCUCGCGUCCCAGGAGGAUGCCGCCAAGAAGGACGACGCGAAGGAGGGCGAGAAGAAGGGCAUGACCGUGCGCGAACUCGCCGCGGCGCUGAUGGCGGAGCUUCGCGGACUCGAAGAUCGCGUCGAGGUGCUCGGCGAGGAGGAGGGUCCGAUGGUGGCGCUCAAGCUUGGCGCCGCGCUGGAGGCUGUCAGGCAGGAGCCCUUCAAGUCGAUCUGA